CUCGGCGAUCGAUUGCUUUGUUAUCCUGGAGACAGAAGGGGGCGGCCAUGUUGGAUGUUUCAGUGUAACCUGCUUCUGCCAGAGCGGGGAGACCUGCAGCCCUCCCAUCACAUCCCAGGGACCGGGCAGUCCUCCCGGGACAAGACAUCUAUAUACCAGACGGGGAGAACCCCGGGGACCGAGCCGGCGCCGCCCUGCUCCCACCUCUCUCCUCCGGGAUGUUCUCUAAAAAAACUCACGGCGAUGUGAAGAAAUCAAGCCAGAAGGUUCUGGACCCCAAGAAGGACGUUCUGACCCGACUGAAACACCUGCGGAUCGUCAUCGAAAAUGCAGAAUCCAUUGACCUCAAGCAAUUUUUUGAACAAAACUUCUCUCACAUCUACUAUGUUUUCUUUGAAAACUUUGUGAUAAUUGAAACGUCUUUGAAACAAAAAGGCCACAAGUCUCAGCGGGAAGAACUUGAUGCCAUCCUCUUUAUAUUUGAGAAAAUUUUGCAACUUCUUCCUGAGAAAAUUCACCAACGAUGGCAAUAUCACAGCAUAAGUCUGAUCCUAAAAAAAUUGCUUCACACCGGAAACUCCUUAAAGAUCCGCCUUGAAGGAAUGCGCUUGUUUCUCCUGUGGCUUCAAGCACUUCAGAACAACUGCAGUUGGGAGCAGCUGUGCAUGUUUGCCUGCCUCAUUCCUGGAUUCCCGGCUCCCCCUUCCGACCAUGGCAUAUAUACCCUGGAUAGUCUUAUCAACCUUCCACUGAAUGUACAAGAAAAUCAAGUGACCAUUGAGGAAAUUACACCACUGGUUCCUCCCCAGUCUGGAGACAAAGCACAGGAAGAUCUCACUAGUUAUUUUCUUGAGGCCUUGUUGAAGUACAUGGUUAUACAGGUCCGGAGUUUAGAAUGGCGCAACAGAGAUAAGGAGGAAGGUGGCUUUGCCUUCUUGUUCUCAUACUUCAAGAAAUACUACAUGCCUUACAUUUUCCCUGCAAUGAGCAGAGAAAGCAGCCUAUACAACCCAGUACUUGAGAUACCACAGAUGAGACCAAAACCCCACUAUGUGUUGGUACGGAGGGACGCAGAGAGCAAUGAGGCUCAUUACUGCACCAAAGAGCCCUUUCUCAAUGCCCGGGUGAUUGUCAUUCGAUGGCUGGUGUCCUUCUGGCUGGAACCAAAGCCACACACUGGGACUCACAUUCCGGGGACGGAAGGGGAGACUGUGCCAAAGAAUAUUCAGAGAGCUGCUGCAAACCUGGCUGCCCAGGAGGAAAGUAGAAAUGAGAGUGUAGAGAGGACCACAGAGCCCGAGCAAUCGCACUCCAACACUAGCACCCUUACAGAACGUGAGCCUAGUGUCUCCAGCCUGUGCAGCAUUGCUGAGGAGCACAUCACGGACUAUGAGAUUAUUCGCAGGUUCUUCUCCAGUAGGCGUGCCAACGUUGACUUCCUCAUUGAGAUCUUCCGGCAGUCAUUCUUGCUGCCGGUGUGUGAAGCUGCAGGCAUGCGUAAGGUGCUAAAGGUAUAUGAGCAGUGGAUAAAGCAAAAGGAGAAGCCUCUGUUCAUGCAAGAACCAGAGAGGCCUUCUGAAAUAGACGAUGGGAUAAUAACUGUUGAGCGGCAAGAAGAUUCUGCUGGAACCUGUGAAAAGGGAAAGGAGAGAGCAGAGGACAGUUUGACAGCCCCCGCAGGACAUGUGCGAACAUCCAGCUGGUCUAAGUGUCAGGAAGCCAGCAAGCUCUCUGAGGCGGACAUCUUGGACAGAAGAGUGAAGGCUGGGGCUCAGGCUAUCUACCAGGUGUUUAUUGUCAAUGCUGCAAAUAUAAUUUUGUUGGAGCCUGCAAAUGACAAUAAGAUGAUGUUAAAUGAACAUACAGAUAUGUGUAAAAGAGUCCUUAAUAUUUAUCGCUACAUGGUGGUACAAGUCUCCAUGGAUAAGAAGACCUGGAUGCAGCUUUUACUGGUCAUGCUGAGAGUCACAGAGUCCGUUCUGAAGGUCCCACAACAGGUUCUUCAACAGUUCCAAGGCAGGAAAAAUCAGAUUUUGGCUGGACGUCUGGCAGGACCCUUGUUUCAGACACUGAUUGUGGCCUGGAUCAAGUCAAGUCUUCAUGUUAGUGUUUCUCGAGAGCUAUGGGAUGAUCUAUUGGCAGUAAUGUCGUCUCUGACAUACUGGGAGGAGCAAGCCACUGAAUGGGCUCACACCAUGGAAACAUUGACCAAAGUUCUGGCCAAGAAUGUCUACCAUCUUGAUCUGAACGAGCUGCCACUGGACAAGUUGAGCGAGCAGAAGCAGAAGAAGCACAAGGGCAAAGGAGGCAGCCAUGAAUUCCAGAAGGGAUCUGUGGACAAGUCUUUUUCUCGAGGGUGGAGUAGAGAGCAGCCCGGGCAGGCACCCAUGCGCCAGCGUAGUGCCACCACCACAGGAUCACCUGGCACUGAGAAAGCCAGGAGCAUUGUGCGCCAGAAAACCAUUGAAAUGGAGGAUGCCCCAGUGCUUCCCCGUGCACAACGGGUAAGACAUUAUUCUCAGAGUGAAGAGACCCCUACGGAGACCUUUGGAGCCAUUCAUGAAGAAACCACAACUCUGCCUCGCAGUAGCAGCACCUCCGACAUCGUGGGGCCCUUUGCAGCUGAGAGACUGAAAGGUGCAGUGCCUGUUGCAGACCGUCCCUCCCCUCAGACUUCGGAUCCCUUUUGUGCUAACCCACACUGUCAGGAAGCACCCCUAACACAGGCCGAUGGCAGUAUUUAUGAUCACCUUUGCCAAUUGGCUGGCUCAGCUGGAUUGACAGAUGCAGACAUUGAGCAGGGAUGGUAUGAGGAGUUAGAAGGCACAGAUUUUUUGCCACGUUUAAGAGCUUAUUUAAAAGAGGAAGGGGUAGAAAGAAAUAAGUUGAUAUCCAUGUCUGUGGAUCAUAAAACAGGGCAUUCUACAGAGUCAGAAUUAUGUGUUAAAGUGGAGGUCCAUUCAGUCUUAUCCGAGGGGCUUCCUUGCACACAUUCCAAUGUUCAACAUACUGAGAUUACUGCAGGAUUAGAAGAACACAUCCCUAAAAGAAUAGGGGGGUUAAAGGUUGGUGGUAGGAGCAGGGAUGUCCAUGUAAGAAUUCUGGCUGAUGGGGAAAUUAUUGACAGCGAUAAAACUUGCACGGAGCAAUGUGACCGGAAAAGAGCUUUUUCUAGAACGCAAGCUACCGAGGAAGAUGAAGCUCUUGAAUUGCCAUCUUCUCAAUCUCACCACAGUGAACAUGGGGCCAACAUAAAGCAUCUGUGCGAGUCUGUGACACAUAAGGCUAAAGCAAUGCGCCGGAAACGCAGCAGUGUUCAGGUCUCCUUCCGCCCAGGCACUGAGGCAGUGCUCUUCUGCAAUUCCAUGGAAAACAAAGAUGCCCCUUGGAAGGCCAGGCUACGGAAGUUAAGUGGUUUAAGUUCAAACUCUUCCAUUGUAGUAGAUCCAGGCAAGCCUACAGCAUUUGCAGCUAUAGGGGCAGUGAGAUUAGCAUCUGGAAUUAGCCAGACAGAUAGUGACCAAACUGAUGUAACUUAUCCUCCCGCUCAAGUGCAGAAGGAAGCUGGCCGCACAAGGCCGAGGUCUAGCAGUCAAGAAAGAGCCCCUUCUCAUGCUUCUUUAGGAGGCGUAUAUAAAACUGUUGUCCAUGCUCUCUCGAAACCUAAGGCCAGCGUGUCCCUGCAGAAGCAGCACAGGACGGCAGCCGAGGCUCCACUGAAGGACCUGUACGGUCAUGUUAUGGGCUAUUUUGGAAGGAAGGCAGCAGCUAGCAAGGAAGAAUUGGCUUCACAGUUAAAUGCUCUUAACAACGAGAUCAGCUCAAGCUCCAAUAUCCCAGAUCUAAUGGAUGAAUUUAUUGCAGAGAGGUUGAGGUCAGGCGCUGGUCCAACACUAACACGCAGGGGUAGCAGCCCUGGUAGUCUAGAAGUUCCAAAGGAUUUACCAGACUCCCUAAAUAAACAUUGUCAGAUGCGUCCAGUAGAUGAUCCUGGUGUUCCAUCAGAGUGGACUUCCCCAGCUAGCGCUGCCAGUAGUGACCUGCUCAGCUCAGACAGCCACUCUGACUCCUUCAAUGCCUUCCAGUAUGAUGGUAGAAAAUUUGAAGGCUUUCCAUUUGGGAAUGAGCCAUCAGUCCCUGCCACUGUGGAGGCAGACGCUGUGUCUGUGCAACUUAGUGUAGAAGAGCAGGAAGUGGUCAGUCUUACUGCACUUCACAUUGACUCUGAAAAUUGCAGUCUGAACCAGCAGGCCCUUUCUGCAGAAGUGUUUGUCCCAACAGGCUCUGAAAAUGCCUCUCCUGCGGUGUCUGCCCAUGGCUCACGUUCCCAGACGCCGUCUCCUGCUCCUCUGACGGCUGAACAGACAGAGUUACAUGAAAAGCUGCAACAUUCGGUCCUGCAAACACCGGAUGACAUAGAGACCUGUGACUUUCCCCAGGAAAGCUGCAGUGUGAUGGCAGGUGGCACACUCACUGGCUGGCAUGCAGAUGUGUCCACGGUAAUGUGGAGGAGGAUGCUGGGAAUCCUGGGAGAUGUCAAUAACAUCAGCAAUCCUGAGAUCCACGCCCAAGUGUUUGAUUACCUGUGUGAACUCUGGCAGAACCUAGCCAAGAUUCGGGACAAUUUGGGAAUUUCUUUGGAUAAUCAGUCUUCUCCUCCCCCACCUGUACUUAUCCCACCCCUGAGGAUUCUUACGCCCUGGCUUUUCAAGGCCACAAUGCUGCCAGAAAAAUACAAACAAGGGAAACUACAUGCCUACAAAUUGAUCUGUAAAAUUAUGAAGAGACGGCAGGACGUGUCUCCAAACCGCGAUUUCUUAACGCACUUUUAUAAUAUUAUGCACUGUGGUUUACUCCAUACUGACCAGGAUAUUGUUAAUACAAUUAUCAAGCACUGUUCACCUCAGUUUUUUUCUCUGGGGCUCCCUGGAGCCACACUCCUAAUUAUGGACUUCAUUGUAGCAGCAGGGAGAGUGGCUACCUCACCUUCUCUAAAUGCACCACGUGUUGAAGCCCAGGUGCUUUUAGGAUCUUUGGUCUGUUUUCCCAACCUCUACCAGGAGCUUCCAGCUCUACACCCCGGCAGCUCUGAAAUUGGGAUGUCACAGUUCACAGAUGUCAAGGAGCUCACCAUCAAGACUGUGUUAAGCUCAGCUCGAGAAGAGCCAUCUGGGCCAGCCAGAUGUGUAGCCUUGUGCAGUUUAGGAAUCUGGAUGUGUGAGGAACUUGUUAACCAGACACACCACCCUCAGAUUAAGGAAGCACUUAAUGUCAUCUGUGUCUCCCUCAAAUUUCCUAACAAAGUGGUUGCACAUGUAGCAUGUAGUGUUCUGAAUGUACUCCUCAACUAUGUCACACAACUGCAAAUAUUCCAUCCGGACUACCCGCUAAAAAUCAUAGAGAUUCUGUUAGCCACUGUGACGCACCUUUUACCAACUGCAGAAACCUCAUCCUAUGAGCAAGAUAAACGGUUGGUGGUGUCCUUGCUGCUCUCGCUCCUGGAUUGGCUGAUGGCACUGUCCUUAUCAGUAUUACUGAAACCAGUGCGGCAUGCUGGUACUGAAAAUCAGGGAAGGGAAAACUCUGUGUUGAACUGUGCAUAUAAGGUUUUGCAUGAUUGUGUCUAUGGCUCCCAACAUUUUAGCAACCCGCGGUACUUUCCCAUGAGCCUUUCAGAUCUGACAUCUGAAGACUAUGAUCCCUUUCUGCAGCUAGAAUGUCUGAAAGAGCCUGAACCACUCCACUCCCCAGAUUCUGAGCGCUCCACCAAGCUGCAGCCCGUUACUGAAGUGAAAAUACCCAAGCAGCAAGGCUUGAUCCCAGUAGCAGCACGAACGGUUAUUACGCACCUGGUGAACCACUUAGGACAUUAUCCUAUGAGUGGAGACCCCUCUAUGCUCACUAGUCAGAUCUGUGAGAAUCAAGACAAUUCUUACAGUGACAGUUCUGACCUUUCCCCACAGCUCUUCCACAGCCCCAACCUCCAGUUCUUUUCUUUGAACAGCACCACGCUUGUGUCCUGCUUACAAAUUCCAGCAGAAGAGAAGCUACCUCCUGGCGAGGACCUGUCUUCUGCCUGCUCAAUAGUGCGUGUUAUCAUGAGGGACCUUUCAGGUAAAUACAGUUGGGAAUCUUCCAUCCUUUAUGGACCUGCACUAGAAUGCUCUGGACAAAAGUCUCAGUGGUCUUCCCUACCUACAUUUCCUGCAUCUUCUGUUAACCUAGAGGAGGAACAUCCAGCUGGCCCACGGGAAGCUGAGGAGUUUCCCCCAUUCCAGUCAAGGAGGAGAGGCAGGGAAUCUCUGCCUUUAUGGGACAGCUUGUCAGAUGAGGAAGAUGCCCUUGACUGUCUUUUGCAGUACCUGGGAGCUACGGGCCCCGAGUGCCUUCAAAGAGCAGGAGUCCCUCUGAAUGUUCCUUCACCCCCACCUGCCUGUUUCUCUGAGAAACUGGAGAAUGAGGUCAGUAAUGCCAUUUUAAAACAGAGUGCAGAAGAGAAAGAAUUUGUGGAGAAGCAUUGCCGCAAUCUGCACAUGAGGGCAAUGUCACUGGAGGAGCCAGCCAACCAAAAACCUGAGUCGGCCUUCUACUACUCGCGAUUGUUGCUCAGUAUCCUGGGCAUGAACUCCUGGGAGAAGAGGAGGAAUUUUCACCUUCUUAAGAAAAAUGAGAAGUUACUGAGGGAGCUGAGAAACCUUGAUUCCAGGCAAUGCCGUGAAACACACAAAAUAGCAGUUUUCUAUAUUGCUGAUGGCCAAGAAGACAAACAGUCCAUACUCUCUAACACUGGAGGCAGCCAGGAGUAUGAGGACUUUGUUGCAGGGCUUGGAUGGGAGGUGAAUUUGGCUAACCACUGUGGCUUCCUAGGAGGACUUCAGAGGAACAAAAGCACUGGUCUGAGCACACCAUAUUAUGCCACCUCUAUUGUUGAAGUUAUGUUUCAUGUCUCUACCAGGAUGCUUUCUGAUUCAGAUGACUGCUUAACAAAAAAGCUUCGCCACCUUGGCAAUGAUGAGGUACAUAUCGUGUGGUCAGAGCACAGUCGGGAGUAUCGUCGUGGCAUUAUACCCACUGAAUUUGGAGAUGUGCUACUGGUUAUUUAUCCAAUGAAGAAUCACAUGUUCAGCAUCCAGAUCAUGAAGAAACCAGAUAUCCCAUUUUUUGGACCACUCUUCGAUGGAGCCAUUGUAAAUGGCAAAAUCCUUCCAGGCCUGGUCAGAGCGACAGCCAUUAAUGCCAGCCGAGCUCUUAAAUCUCUCAUCCCGCUCUAUCAGAAUUUCUUUGAGGAGAGGAUGCGGUACUUGGAUUCAAUCAUCCAGCAACAUGUGGAGCCCACCACAUUUGAAGACUAUGCUGCACAAGUUUUCUGUCCAGCUCCAUAUCAUAAUCACCAUGUAGUAAAUGCACCUGUUUGCCCAACAGAUGAGCAGAACGAGAUCUUACUGACUCAGGGUGAUGGCUCAGAAUUGGCAUCCCCUAUGUCACCACGGACCAGCAAAAGCCGGAUGUCCAUUAAGUUACGGCGCUCCUCUGGCUCUGCAAACAAGACCUAGUUUUUAUCUUUGUCUUCAGCUUGUCCAGUUGAGUUUAUUUAUUCCUGGGCAAUGGCCUCUGUGGGAAAAGGCAGGCACCACACAUUCACUUUGGCUGUUGUGCUAAAAUCAUUCUCCCUGUGCUUUUUAUCUUACUUUUUGUUUUUUUCACACUUCUAUUUUAUUUGAGUGAAUAACACUGGACUUUUACAUAUAAUUUAAGUUUUUAGCCUCAGACUCUGUGGUUUUAAAAAUGUUAUGUACAAUGCAGGGUGCCAUGUGUAUAUCUUUGCAGCUUUUAUCAUUCUAUGACAAUUAUUUUUGUUUGUUUUUAUGAUGAAUCUGGCUAAUGUUACACAGGUAUACUUUUGUUUUUACCUUACUUUUGCACCCUCAAUGUUGUAUAUUUAUUGACAAUAUUCUUGCCUAUUAUCAUUUGAGGUUUCUUUUUUCAGCUGGAUUUGUCUUUUCUUUGGACCAUCAUAAAAAUAUUCCAUAGGAAUCCAGUUU